AUGGCGCAAAUAGCACUAAAGAAGACGGCUGAAGAAGGCGAGACAUCAAAUCCAAGAGCAGCACGGACGGUGAAAGAUAAUACGUAUAUGGACGACAUAUUAGACUCAGUCGACACGGUGGAAGAAGCGAAAGAACUGUCCAGCUCAAUUGAUGUUAUACUUGCGAAAGGUGGUUUCAAUGUGAAAGAAUGGCGAUCCAAUGAAGAUCUGGAUAAAAACGUCCCGACACAACAAGUGGGGGAAAUCCCGGUUUUGCAAGGAAAACAAGAAGAAAAGGUGUUAGGUGUCGGCUGGAACAAUGCGAACGAUGUUCUUAAAUACAAAGUGGAACCAAAUAUCCUCGAUUCACAGCCACCAAAGAUAACAAAGAGAACAAUUCUCAGCCAGAUAUCACGUGUAUACGAUCCGAUAGGACUCACAUCAGCGUUCCUUAUCCGAGCGAAGAUGGGGAUCCAAGAGUUAUGGCAGAAAGGUAUUGGCUGGGAUGACGAGCUCUCGACUGAAUCGCGAGAACAUUGGGUAUCAUUCUUCGAAGAAAUGAAGCAGUUAAGCGACAUCGUCUUGGAGAGAUGUUUAUGUCCAUUUAUCACAGUUGAGCUUCCGACACUUUGUAUCUUUGCGGAUGCAUCCCGUUGUGCAUUCGGAACGUGCGCAUAUAUUAGAAACGUGGAUUCGAGUGGUUCAAUCGAAGUGAGAUUUGUCGCCGCUAAGUCGCGAGUGGCACCACUGAAGGAGCUAAGUAUUCCAAGACUCGAACUUCAGGCGGCAGUAUUAGCAAGUAGACUAUGUAAGAGUAUACAAGAAGAAACACGAGUGGAAUUUGAAGAAAUCAUUCUGUUUACGGACAGCACAAUUACAUUGGCUUGGAUCCGUAGCAAAGGGAGACGUUUCAAGCCGUUCGUAUCAAACAGAGUCGGAGAGAUACAAAGCAAUGUACAGCCCUGUCAAUGGAGACAUAUCCCAAGUGAACACAAUGUAGCAGACGAUGUCUCUCGCGGAAUAAAAGCAUCUGAAUUAUCUGGUAGAUGGAAAGAAGGCCCAGAAUUCCUACGCAGACCCAAAGAGGAAUGGCCACAAGAAGAUCUGAAACCAGAUGUCAUUGAAAUCGAGAAAGAAGUUAGGAAGAAACAGAUGGUGGCGUCAGCAGCAGUAACAAAGAGUGUUAUCGAUUGCAACACAUAUUCCAGUUGGAAGAAGUUAGUUAGAGUCACGUCAUGGGUACUACGACUGAAGAAUAACUUACUCUCGAGAAUGAAGCGUGACGAUGGAGCCAGACAAGGACCGCUGACAGCAGAGGAACUUGAACUUGGUCGCAUUUAUUGGAUCAAACUGGCCCAGAUGAGCUUGAAAGAGAGGCUGAAACGAAACGACUUCAAGACAUUGUCCCCAUUCGUUGAUCCUGGGGGCAUUAUACGAGUUGGAGGACGCGUGGAUAACGCUGUCGUUUCUUACGAAACGAGGCAUCCUGCCUUGUUACCAUAUCAUCACAGAAUAUCUCGUCUCAUUACAGAAGAAGCCCACCGAUGUGGACAUUCGGGAAUUGCAACAACAACAGCCAAAACAAGACGAAUGUAUUGGAUAAUAAGAGCCCACGACCUCGCUAAAGCUGUCAAGUACAAGUGUGUCGUUUGCAAAGCAAUGGAACCCAAAGCAGAGUCUCAAUUUAUGGCUAAUCUACCACCUCAACGUCUAGCGCCACAAUCACCACCAUUUCAUUAUACAUCAUGUGAUUAUUUCGGCCCUUUGACUGUCAAAGUCGGACGUAAUAAAACGACGAAACACUAUGGUGUCAUUUUCACAUGUCUAAAUGCGCGUGCCGUCCACCUGGAGAUAGCAACGGACUGUACUGCAAUGGAGCUUAUUCAAACUCUCAGAAGAUUCUUUGCGAUCAGAGGUUAUCCUGCACUGAUCCUGAGUGAUAACGGCACAAAUCUGGUCGGUGCGGUUACAGAACUUAGAAAGAUGAUUAGUGGUUGGGAUAAGAAGAAACUCCAUGAAUAUUGUGCGGACAAAGGAAUUCAAUGGAAGUUCACGACGCCAGGUGCCCCACACCAAAACGGGUGUGCAGAAUCCCUAAUAAAGAGUUGUAAACGAGCAUUAAAGAUAGCGAUUGGUGAUCACGUCCUCACACCUUUCGAACUGUACACAUGUCUCUUAGAAGUGGGAAAUCUCGUGAAUCAACGCCCCAUCGGUCGUGUACCAAAUGACCCCGAUGACGGGUCUUACAUCUGUCCCAAUGAUUUGCUUCUUGGACGGGCGUCGACACGUGUGCCCCAAGGUCCAUUUGAGGAAAGCAGGAAUCCCAGACGUAGAGUCGAAUUUGUACAGAAGAUCGUUAACUCGUUUUGGAAGCGAUGGGUUAGGGACGUAUUCCCCCUACUGGUACCGCGGAAGAAGUGGAACGUAGAGAAACGAAAUGUUAAAAUCGACGACUUCGUAAUCGUAGCGGAUAACAACGCAGUGAGGGGAAAUUGGAUCAGCGGAAGAAUAAUCGAAGUUUAUCCGGGACAAGACGGGAGAGUGAGAAACGUGAAAGUGAAAACACCUACAGGAGAAUAUUCAAGACCGAUCACAAAGAUCGUGGUGAUCCAGCCAGCAGAAGGCGAUGACAAUGAAAAGUUAAGAGAAUAA